CUGCGUGCGUUUCAUUCGCGUCCGUGUCUGUUCUGCUCCGUCCCGUCUUAUUUUGCGUUUUAGCCGCGUUCUAUGCAAUCGUCAAAGUUCCGCGUCUCGCUCUCUGCGUUUCUCUUUCGUGUGCGCUCUGUUUUAUCCAUGUCCGCGUUGCGUUUCAUUCUCGUCUGGGUUGCGUUUCAUACUCAUCUGCGUUGCAUCUUUUCAGUCUGCGUUGUAUCUUUAAUCAGCGUUCGGCGUGCGGCAGUCGCUCGCGAUCUUCUGCGAUUCGAGAGCGUUCCGCGUGGCUACGCAGCGUGCGUUUUCAGGCGAUCCACUUCUUUCGCGAGCGAUCAUCUCAGUAUUCUUUUUCCUGUUUUCUCUUUGUUUCAGCGUUUUCUAGUCUCGAACAUUCCUUCGCGCCCGCGGUGCCUUUACUGGCAUUAUACGUUCCGCAAAAUAACAUUUUGUCACGUGCAUUCCUCGUGUUUGCGGUGCCCUUGUUGGCAUUGUACAUUUCGAUUUUCUUUGUCGUGUGAUAUUAACUAUAAGCCGUGUGAAUAUCGCGUUCGCGUUUUUGUUUGUGAAAUAGCCGACUGUCCUAGAAAUUAUCUGUUGUCUGUUGAAACAAACGAGACCGAGUCAGAACUUCGCGAAAUGUUGCUAGCGAUGGUCGAACUUCAAAUCGUAGUGGUAAUACUUAGUUGUCCUGCAACCUUCCUGGUUCUCCGACUUUUCAGGGAUCAGCCUAAAUCAUAGACCGGCAACGCACUGUCUACUACAAAUACAAGCAGCGUUCCUUUGCACGCCAACCGCUUAUGAGUGGAGUUUGAAGUUGACGUGCAAGACUAAUCCAGAUCAAUGAUCUCUGUCUCAGCAUUGAUCGGAUCAAUCAUCGUGGACCAAUAAAGCAUGGAAGCAUUUUUGUUUGAAAGUAUCGGCUGUUUGUGCUCCGUAAUAUUUGUUUGGUUAUAAAUUUGAUCCUACAAUGUCCGAUGAAUCCGAAUACGAUGUAGAACCCGAAGAGUUUGAUGUUUACAAAAGGAAAUAUCAGUUAUUGUUGGAGAGAUGCGAAAUCCUACAACAGGAGAAUGAAAGACUGAUCUACAGAAUUCAAAAAGUAAGGAAGCUUCUUCGACGCACGCGGAAAGAGAAAAAAUUUUUAAUUGAUCGAUUGGAUCGACAUGGUGAUCGUUGGCGGGAGGCACCGAUGGGUGUACUCGAAGAGAACAGUGUGUUCCAAGCGACUUCGAAAUCAGAAAAAGGAGGAAAGGGAACCUCUCAUAAUGCUAAAGAGGAGAAACCUAGGAAAGGAGCGAAGAGAAAAGGUGCAAAAGCUGAUCCAAAUGCACCGAAAAGACCUGCUAAUCCUUUCUUUCAAUUUUGUCAAGAACAAAGACCUCGUGUAAUGGAACGUUUAGCUGGAGAACCAGAACCCAGUAAGCAAGAACUUACCAGACAACUUGCGACUACUUGGAAAUCUCUCAGUUCUGAGGAUAAAAAGGUAUACUAUGAUAUGUAUGAGCGAUCCAAGGAAAAAUAUGUCGCCGAAAUGCAAAUAUAUAAUAAAAAGACUGAAGAUGCACCCUGUCAAAUGCCACUGAAUGUAACUUAAUAUGUAAAAUAGUGAGUGUUGAUUACGGAAAUUAAUUUAUGAUUGCAUUUUUGUAUAGAUAAGAUAUAAUAAAUUGCAUUUUUGAGGAAAGGAAUGUACAGGUAUUUAUAAAUCGUUCACAUAUCUGGUUAUAAUUCAACACAAAUACGCACGCGCACAUAUACACAUACACACACACCACACAAAACGGACAAACAUCUUGAUCACAAAAAUGCAUACAUCGCAUAGAUAUCUAUAUGA